UCAAACACAUGCAAACAUCACGUUUAUUCUUAUUUCUGCGGUUUUAUCGUAUUUAUUUUUGCAGUAUUCGCUAACGUAAACGUUUAGACACCGUAUAUAUUCCUACGGUUGUGUCAUGAAGGUUAUUUAUGGAAAUAACGGGUGUUUUAUUGCGGAUGAUUCAGCGCAUCUGGGCUUGUUUCCAUAGAAACGGGUAGUGCUAACGGAUGCUAAGCUGCUUUAUACACAGCUCUGUGCUUUAUGAAACGACUGAUUAUGAAAGAUUUCUAAUGUUAUUGAAGCGACGUAGCUCAUCUGUUUGGACAUGAUGUGAAAUUGUUGCAGCAGGAGACUGUAGAGAAGAGCUGAUCACACCCCUGAGAAGCGAUGUCUCAGUUCUCCAGCGAGGAUGAGGCAGAGCUCCAGAGCCUGCUGCGAGAGCUCCUGAAAAGUGUAAAAGACAGAAUCUCAGGAGCACCAUCGGUAGAAUGUGCUGAGGAGAUUUUGCUUCAUUUGGAGGAAACUGACAAGAACUUUCACAACUAUGAGUUUGUGAAGUAUCUGCGGGCGUAUGUAGAGAAAAGUUUGGGAACUGUUAUUGAAGAAGAGACUGAGAAUUUCACCAGGGGGGACGGUCAUGCUAUUGGGACGGGGCAGGACACCCUGGGCCACACUGUUACGAAGAGGACUAGGGAGUCCGCACAGUAUAAACAGAUGAUGCAGACUCUGAAACAGACCAUGAUGGUGGUUGUAGAAUCACUGAUCAAUAAAUUUGAGGAAGAUCAGCUGAAGAAAGAGGAAAUGGACAGGAAGAGCCAGCAUGAGCAGUCAAGCAGCCAUUAUACUGACAACUGCUCUGACAGUGACUCUUCAUUCAAUCAGAGCUAUGCAUUUAUCAAGCAUGAACAACUGCAAGUCAUCGCUGAGAAGCUUGACCCCGGUAGACCACGAGAGGUUCGCUUGGAAGCUUUGCAGUCUUUGUGCUAUGCCCCUCCCUCUGAUGUUCUGAGCUGUGAAAGCUGGACUGGCCUGCGCCGAAACCUCUCUGCUGCGCUCACUGACCCUGACCCUGAGCUCAGUGAUAAAGUCCUUCAAUUUUUUGCAAAAACAUUUUCAUCUUCUCCAUUAAAUGUGACUAAGGAUAUCUACAGUACCAUAGCGAAAAGCUUGGAGGCUCAUUUCCUCUACCAUAAGUUGAGUUUUCCCAGUGGCUCUACAAGUAUUGAUGCGAACAGACCAGAUAUGGCCCGUCUUCUCAAACAAAUGCGAUUAAUGAAUGACUUUCAGAAGGAAGUGACAACAUUUUGGAUACGACAUCCUGAGAAGUACAUGGAGGAAAUCAUUGAGAACACCCUCUCUCUUCUCGCUCUGCAUUCUGAACAGGGCAUGAGCAGUCCUGGCUCAGAAAAAUCCCUAGAGCCUAUACACUUAAUCUCUCUGCUAGAUAUCAAAGCCACCUGGUUUAAGAAAUGGAUGCAUGGCUACUACAGCAGAACUGUUGUCUUAAGACUUCUUGAGAGGAAAUACAAGUCUUUGAUUGUUAAUGCUCUGCAGCAGUGCAUUUAUUACUUCGAUUCCUGUGAUUCAGUUAGAGAAGAAACUUUGGAAAUUAUCCACAGCCAUGAACAUCAGCAGAUUGGCCCUGCUCGGAGAACUCUCUACACUUCUAAAGAGCUGGAGUUUGUUUACUUCGUUCACUCGCUGUGCGUGCUCGGGAGGCUUGUGAUGUACACUAAUGGAAGGAAACUUUUUCCCAUUAAAGUGAAGAAGCGGAGAGAUCCGGUAACUUUGACCGACUUGGUUGUGAUUCUGAUCAAUAUCAUGUACCAACACCCAAAACCAUCCUGCGGUGAGACGACACAUGCAGACUCCCUGUCCCCCACUAAUCUUGUGAUGGAGGUGUUAAGGACCCUGUGUGACCGCACUGAGUGUGCUGUGGAGUGUCUCUACCAAAUCCCUGUUAUAGAAACUCUGCUGGCUCCUGUUAUCACCUUGCUCAAAGGAAAGCUGCCCAAAUUAAAUUCCCUAGAAAGUGCCUUGACUCACAUAGCAGACACGCUGGCGAGGAUCGCUACCACUGAACGAGGUUUAUCACUCCUGCUUUAUGACAGAAAUCUCGUCUCGGCCGAGGGUGAAAGUAUUUCAGCAGCACAUCUGGUGGUACAGUUUACACAGAGGCUGUUGGCAAAAGAGCUGCAUGUGUUCAGCGAGCUGGAGAUUCCUCCUGCCGUGAGCGGGGCCUUCAUCUUCGUCUGUCGGCAGAUGUACAACACCUGCGAGGGGCUGGAAGUUCUACGUCCAUACAGCCUGCAUGAGUGCAUCGCCAAAGCCUGGAGAACGACAAGCUCCGUGUCGGAGAGAGUUCCCACUCCUGUUCCUGGAGCUCCCCCAGUGAUCACUUCCCAGGAGCUGCAGAGCGUGGUGGCCUGGGAAGAGAUGCUGUUGGACAAUCUGCUGAAUUUUGCUGCCACACCAAAAGGACUGCUGCUCCUCCAACAGACUGGAGCCAUCAAUGAGUGUGUCACCUACAUGUUCUCAAGAUUCACCAAAAAACUACAGGUCAGCAGGUGUGAGAAGUUUGGUUACGGUGUGAUGGUGACCCAGGUGGCCGCUACAGCCCCAGGCAUCGCGGCCUUGCAAAGCUCUGGAUUUGUCCAGACGAUUGUGGUGGAGCUGUGGUCAGCCUUGGAGUGUGGUCGAGAAGAUGUAAGGGUGGUCCAUCCAAAAUCUACUCCAAUGGACCCUAUCGACAGGAGCUGCCUCAAGUCCUUCCUCUCUCUAGUGAAUCUGCUUUCUUCACCUCACGCUGUGUGGGAGCUGCUGGGACAUCGAGAGCUUCCUAACAAGACCGAGUACAAUCUGAGAGAGAUGGCCACAUCUGUUUUAGACCUGAUGGACCGCCUCAUCAUUAUUAACUCUGAUGCAAAGAUUCACUCCCUUUUCAACUAUGAGCAGUCCCACACGUUUGGCCUGAGGCUCUUGAGCGUGCUGUGCUGUAACCUGGAUUCUUUUCUUCUGCUGGAGUCUCAGUAUAAGCUCUCUGAGUUACUGCUGCAGGGUCAGAGGGACAAUGUCACAGAGCCGCCCUCAGGUGAAGGGGAAUUCAUCAUUGAUGGACUGUCUGUGGAAAGAAACCAUAUACUGAUUCGAAUCGGUACAGUUGGUGGCCCGUCUGAGAGGAGACUUCCUCCCAGAGCCCUGCAGAAAGGGAAUGACCCUUACCCAUGGCCAAUGGUGUCUACAUACCCUCUGCCUAAAUAUUACAUUCUUGACAUGCCCAAGACUCUCCGCCCUAAACAGGAGUCAGAGAUCAGUGCUUUCUUGGCCUCGUCUAAAGAAACUGAGAGAGAUGCUAGCUGGAUGGAUGACUGCAGGAGACAGUUCUGCAAGAUCAUGGCUACAAAGUCAAACACUCUCACUGGAUACGUACUUGCUGAUCUGUUGGAGAGGGUCGUGCUGCAUCUCUCGUCUUCAUCCACCGACUGCUUCUUUCCACCGGCAGAAUAUAAAGUGGUGGACCACAGUGUAAAGACUCGAAGCCUAUCUUCUGUGGAGCAGUUAGGUGUGGGAAUAUCCCUCAGGUAUGGCAAGUUCCUAAAGCUACUGAGAGAAGAUUCGGAGCAGGAUCUGUGUCUUCUGCUCAAGCACUGUCAGGAGUUCCUCUCUCAACAACGAGUCAGUGUCACUUCUGAGCUCUCCUGUUUUCAGGAUGGUUAUCCUGGUCACGAUUGGUUUGCCUCCACAGUUUUUCUGCUCAUGCAUGGCGACGUGGGUCGUUCUCUGAGUCUGCUCUUGCGUUUCUCCCGUCUGCUGCCGUCUGCCUUCCUGUGGCCCCCAAGACUGCACAGCUCUGUACAUCUCCCUAUAGAGAUUGCUCAGUCGGGCAUUCAUCCCAUCUACUCUUGCACCGCACAUUACGUCGAGAUGUUGCUCAAGGCCGAGGUUCCUCUGGUUUUUUCUGCCUUCAGGAUGUCUGGCUUCACUCCCUCUCAGAUCUGUAUUCAGUGGCUUGGUCAGUGCUUCUGGAACUACCUGGACUGGCCUGAGAUCUGUCACUAUGUAGCCAUAUGCAUCAUCAUGGGACCAGAUUACCAGGUGUACAUGUGCAUCUCUGCCCUCCGUCACCUGCAGCAGGAUAUUCUGCAGCACACACAGACGCAGGACCUGCAGGUCUUUCUUAAGGAGGAACCAAUCCACGGCUUCAGGGUGAGUAAUUACCUGGAGUACAUGGAGGGGCUGGAGCGCAACUACAGAUCCAUGGUGCUCUCGGACAUGAGGAGCAUCUUACCAAGGAGCAGCUAGAAUGAAAUAGACCUCCGAAGAUCAGCAGGGACUGAAAGUGCUUGUGGUACAGAAUAAUACUGAAACUGUUGCAAUGAUUUUAUAAUACAACAUGCUCGAUAUGUGAAGAGGACACUGUUUUAUCAAACACCAUGUGAAUAUAUCCCAUUUGCUUUCAAUCUCUUUGAUUUGUUGGGAUUCUUAUACUGAAGUAUUCUCACUCAGGGAAUCAUAAAUAUAAGAACAAACUCUUCAAAGCCAUUUUGCCACUCAGUGGGAUAUAUAAAGCAUAGUAAAUAAAUAAGUGCAGUAAACCAGUCAAAAGUGAUGUGCAAAAAGGAUGAAGAAGCAAACCUUUCUACAUAUGCAUUAUCAAACUUCCCUCACCAAAAAAAUUACAUUUUCCUGUACAGAAUUCUGGGAUACACAAUUGAUUUCAAUUGCAGCAUUGAGCUGUAAUUAUUUUGUAAAAUUAUUCUAUAUUUGACCAUUGCAUAUGUGGGUGCAUUAAUCUGCUUUUCCUUGUAGCCUAAAGUACAAUUUUCCUGUCCUAGGCUAAUUACUGGACUCAUAAAGUAUUGAAAUUAAUUGUUUAUUAAUCUUUUCCUCGAACAAAGUUCUGACAACAUAUGUAAUUUUGUAUCUACAGUCCUGCUUGUGUCACUUUAUUGUUGCUUGUCAGUAAUGAUGUUGGAAUAUGACAGGAUUGUGCUGUUAACCACUGCAAAAGCUUUAGGAUGUAUAUUGUACAGUCUGAAAUGAGACCACUGAUGUCAAUUAUUAUUAUUAUUAUUAUUAUUAUUUUUACUUUUACCCAAAAUCUCAGUGGGCUCGUAUUGUAAAGUCUGAAAAGUAGCAUUCAUAGAGGCCAGACAUAUUUACCUUUUGUUCUGUGCAUUUUCACUGGCAAAAUCCAGUCAUUUUCAUAGGAAUCAACGUAAUUGGGUAUAUUACAUGUGGGCGAAAAAUUUCCAAACGGGUUUAAGUUGGUCACAUGAAUCUGCAAUGACCAACAGAAAGCUGCUUGGUUUAAAAUUGACUUGAGCUGUGCUUCAUACAUUGAUUCAAUAGAUAAUAGCACCGUUUUUGCCCAAAAUUUCGAUAAUGCUGACCCCAUAUAUAGGUGCACAAGUUGUUUUCCAGUCUCAGCCUGUUAUGACAUCAGUAAAUAUUAAAAAUUCAAAGCUUUUGAUGCUUGAUUGCUGUCUUAAUGGACACUCAAACAUGAAGUAUGUGUGAUCUAGCAUGUCAACACUUGAGUAUACAAUGACUCACAGGCCGUUGACGCAGUCUUGUGUAGUGCAUGUUGGAUUUUUUUUUUUUUUUUUAAGGCAUAUAUUAACAUCUGCAGUCUCUUAUUCCCAUCCUAAGGAAGCUGUAUAGAGGUGGUAUCACGUUGACAGGCCGUCAUUAGCACAUAGAUGCAAUCUCUCACCCUCGCCAUCUGUAACUCGCACAGUGAAUAAUGAAUUAGAUCAUUAGAGAGGUGUCUUUCUCCUUCACAACAACUGCUAAAUAUUGCAUACUGUUUACUCAGUAGGAGGCAGAAGCAGUUAUAAUUUUAAGCUGUAAAAAGUUCCCUCAGAGUGCAUAUUUUUUACUUUCUCCAUUGCAUUAAAAAAUAAAAAAGGAUCACCCGUAAACUUGUGUGUAUAUGCUCAGAUAAAAAAAUCAGUUGUGCAUCAUCAGUUGAUUUCAACUUUGUGUAAUCAUAACGAGCUGUACGCUUUAAUCAGAUUAAUGAUUUAAUGACUGAUUGUUGGCCAACAGUCAUUUGGAAAGCCGUGUGUGUCUUGUGUUGGCUCUUUGUAAAUUGACAAUACAAGGCUUUUGUGACGUGGAUGUUGAUGAUGUAUCUGCAGACCAAAAUCUAGGAUAAUUAGAAAAGGCUAAUUAUGGGUAAUUAAACUGAUUAAAUGAUAAUUAAGACCUAUCUGUCUCUGUAUUAGGCUUGAGGAGUUGCAUUAGCUUGAUUUUCUCUGGUAAAUAUGCUUUAUUAUUCUCCUUCACAUUAAUUAUCCCCCUUAUGACUGCCAAAUUCCACUUUCUGAAGAAUCUGCUUGAUGAAUGGGAGAAAGUCAUUUGAAAGUGAGCAUCACUGUCCCUUACUUACUCCAGGGCCGGUUCUAGACAUUAGGAGCCCCCACCCCCACCCCCCACCCCCAAU